UCCUAACGUGAGGAGCCAAACCUCUCGCCCCGCAAUCCACGACCACCAUCUCUUCAUAUUUUUUUUUUUCUGUUUUUCUCUGGAUUUUGUUAUUUUCUGUUCCAUCAUCCUCUCUUCUUCUGUUUUUUUCCCUUUGCUGCUGCUUCUUGUUCUUCCUGACAUUUAUAUGUACAGUUGGAGCUGUUUGAAUUGCUUGUUCAAUCACCUCCUCUUCCUUAAAAAAUAGAUUUCGAAACAGCGAAAAAGAAAGAUGUUUGAUGCCUUGAUACUUGGCAAAUUCUCUAAGAAAUGCAAGCAGGCGGUGCGGUGCAUAAAGUUGAGGUUGGAACUGAUCAAGAAGAAGAAGCGGGUGGUGGUGCGGAUCCUAAAGAAGGACGUUGCCGACCUUAUCGCCGCCGGCCAUGAGUCUUCAGGCUUUGGAAGGAUGGACACUCUAAUUGCGGAGAUAAACCUGGCGUCCUGUUACGAGACGAUUGAAAAACUCUGUGAAUGCAUCUUGAGUCAGCUUCCAACUCUUCAAAAGCAGAGAGAAUGUCCUGAAGAAUGCAAGGAAGCGAUAUCGACUCUAAUUUACGCAGCAGCACGAUUCUCCGAUUUGCCGGAGUUGCGUGAUCUCCGGUCAGUCUUCGUAGAGAGAUACGGGAGUCGCAUGGAGUCGUCUGUGAACGCUGAGUUUGCUGAAAAGACAAAGAGGAAAUCUUUCUCGAGGGAAUGGAAGCUCAAGGCGAUGCAAGAUAUCGCCGACGAAUUUUCAAUAAGUUGGAGGGCCAAGAAAGGUGAAGAAUCAUGCAAUCUUCCUUCACCUGAAUCUGUCAACCAGACUCGAAGUGACCAAGUUUCACCACCACUCGAUGAAGAGGUCGGAGAGGAGAUUCAUGAACGAAUAGAGGGGCAAAACAUUGUUUCAGUGAAGCCUUUGAAGCCAAAUAAUGCAGUAGUAACUCAACCAUACGGCAAACAAAACGGUAUCAAUAAAACGAGAGGAGAGAUCGAGAAUGAGGAAGAAAAUAAUGUCAUCCACGAGGAGAUGCCCACGAGCCUUGAUCGAGAAGACCUUGACAGUUACAUGGCUUUAGGAUAUGGCACAUUCUUGCGUCGACCUUCGAGUGGAGACAAAGGGCAGGAGAGGGGGGAUGCCGAGGCUAAUCAGGAUGAACGAGAUGAGGAAGAAAAGAUCUUGGAUGACCUCUUGUUGUACUACAGCAGGAAAGGGACAGAUAACGCACCAACGACAACAAGGACUAGAGCUUCACAAAUGGAUGAUUGUGAGCGAGAUAUAGUUGAGCACCAACAUGGAAAUAGGGAAGGUCACCAGGUUCCGAGAAUCAAAUUGCCUCCUCCAAAAAGAACUUCCUCCUUGCCCUUAGAAUCAGCUAGCCCGGCCGAGCCUGAUACAAGGAGUCAUUGCCGCGGUCGAGUGCAUCCGAGACUGCCGGAUUAUGAUCAGUUGGCAGCAAUGUUUGCUGCACUGAAGAAUGGUUUAGGUACCUUGUAA